AUGACCACGCCUACGGAGCAAGUUCCACUCUCGGGUCUGCCGGCCAACACGCGCCCCGACAAGGCCAUCCGCAACAAUGGUCCUCUGGACCUCGCACUGGAACGCUGGUGCAUCGUCGAGCUGGCGCAGGGGUGGCCGCUCUACCGCGACGCGCGAGAGUGGGACAACUUUCGGUCCAUCUUCCAUCCCGAUGGAGCAUACGUCUACACCACAUGGACCGGCAAGACGCACAUCAACGACUUUAUCGAGGCAAGCAAAGCGAGCAUGGAGGCAGGCGCCUUCAUCAUGCACCGCAUUCACGGCACUUCUGUCGACCUGCUCGGAGACCGCGCCAUCUGCAAGAUGAAGGCCACCAUCACCCAGCGCUUCGUGCUCGACGGAAACAUCGAAGUGGAUGCCGAGUCCGAUUGUCGCUUCUGCUUCUUCUUCCAACGCUACACCGCCGCCGACGGCACGCCGAGCUGGGGCGCCAAGCUCGUCCGCCACUGGUACGAAAAGGACAAGCUCAUUCCCGUCGACCCAAGAAAGGUGCCCGAGCUGGACGAUGAGCUGCUGGCGACCUUCCCCAGCGGCUAUCGCUAUCUCGGCUACUGCCAGGAGAUCUCGAUGAAAGGCAAGUCCGAUUCCCCGCUCAAGGUCAAGCGAGACAUGCCCGGACAUCGCGGCGCCGAGCACGACGCCCUCCUCCGCGCCGCAAAGACAUGGCUCGACGGCGGUCUGCCGGACGACCUCAAGUGA